AAUAUAACUCUCUAAAUAGUUUCGGAAUAUUUGUUUAAUAUUUAUCUUUCAUAAGCUUUUCGGAACUUUAUGAAUACUCGGCCUUGGGAUUUGAAUUUGAUUUAUAUGAGUGUCAAUCUCAAUUUGAGGUUAUAAAACAAAUAGUUGGGAUUAGUUAAGUACGCGCCGAGGAAAAAAAAAAGAGAUCUUAAAUAAGCUGCGGAAAAUGGUUGUGUUAUGGGUUUUCAGAUUUUGUUCUUAUCUGCUCUGAGUAUGUGGGGAUAUUGUUAUCUAGGAUUCGUUUUUGGAGGGGUUUUGUGAACGCUUUAUAGACAACCCUCUUUGGUGAUGUUAUAGCAGAAUCCGUUUUGGAUGACCCCUUUUUCUUUUCUUGGGGGCCUUUUCACUUUUGGUUGAGAAUAGAAUCACGAAGACUAUGUGAAUUGAAGUACCUUCUUUUUGUUUUUAAGCUUUUCAUGGCUUCAUGGGAUUUUAUAUGAACGGUCUGCUUUUUUGCUAUUGAAAUGGUGGUGCGUUUUACUCUUUUCGACUUUCAUGAUGAUUCGUGGUCCGGUAGAUUCCAGCGGAAAAAAAGUAGGUUAUUUGAAAUGGAUUUUGAAUUUGAUUUCGGUUUACGCAGAUAGUUCGGAUUUACAUGUUUGGGGUUUAAACUCAAGUACAGUAGUUUUCCAUAAGGGUUGGGUCGAUCGAAAUUGCUACUGGAGGAAGAAAGAGAGGAUUGUGGAGGAGGAGGGUUGAGAGAUGUCAUCAAAUUCGACGAACAAGACGAAUUGCUCUAGGAACAGCUCUGAUCGAUCAAAACGUGGGGCUCGUGUGGUUGCGCAGACCCCCAUCGAUGCGAAGCUUCAUGUAGACUUUGAAGAGUCUGAACGGUUUUUUGAUUACUCAACUUCAAUUGAAGUCAACAUCUCGAGUUCCACUAGCAAUGUUCCUUCCUCUACUGUGUCAGCUUACCUGCAAAGGAUGCAGAGAGGAAGCCUUAUUCAACCGUUCGGUUGCUUGAUUGCUGUGGACGAGCAAAACUUCACGGUUCUUGCCUACAGCGAAAAUGCCCCUGAAAUGUUGGACUUGGCUCCACAUGCUGUUCCAAGCAUUGAACAGCAAGAAGCCCUAGCUUUUGGAACAGAUGUUCGAACACUCUUUCGGUCGUCGGGUGCCACUGCUUUGCAGAAGGCAGCAAAUUUUGGGGACGUAAAUCUUCUCAACCCCAUAUUGGUUCAUUGUAAAACCUCAGGUAAGCCCUUUUACGCGAUUCUGCACCGAAUUGAUGUGGGGUUAGUUAUAGAUUUAGAACCAGUAAAUCCAGCUGAUGUGCCAGUGACUGCUGCUGGGGCCUUGAAAUCUUAUAAGCUAGCAGCCAAAGCCAUAUCGAGAUUGCAGUCCUUGCCAAGUGGGAAUAUAUCACUGAUAUGUGAUGUUUUAGUCAAGGAAGUUAGUGACUUGACAGGUUAUGAUCGUGUAAUGGUGUAUAAAUUUCAUGAAGAUGACCAUGGAGAAGUGGUAGCUGAGUCCCGCAGACCUGAUCUGGAACCUUAUCUUGGUUUGCAUUACCCGGCUACCGAUAUACCACAAGCUUCAAGAUUCCUAUUCAUGAAGAACAAGGUUAGAAUGAUAUGCGAUUGUUUGGUGCCUCCAGUUAAAGUAAUUCACGACAAGAGAUUGUCUCAGCCACUGAGCCUUUCUGGAUCUACUCUGAGAUCUCCUCAUGGUUGUCACGCACAGUAUAUGGCAAAUAUGGGUUCAAUUGCAUCCCUUGUGAUGUCUGUGACUAUCAAUGAAGAUGAUGGAGAGCUGGAGAAUGAUCAGCAGAAGGGAAGAAAAUUGUGGGGUUUGGUUGUUUGCCAUCAUGCAAGUCCUAGGUUUGUUCCAUUUCCUUUGAGGUAUGCCUGUGAGUUCUUGAUUCAAGUGUUUGGUGUGCAGAUCAACAAAGAAGUGGAGUUGGCUGCUCAACUAAGGGAGAAGCAUAUUUUGCAAACUCAAACUGUUCUUUGUGAUAUGCUCCUUAGAGAUGCUCCUGUAGGUAUUGUUACUCAAUCACCUAAUGUUAUGGAUCUUGUUAAGUGUGAUGGAGCUGCACUAUACUACAGGAAGAAAUUUUGGUUGCUUGGAGUCACCCCAACAGAGGCACAGAUUACAGAUAUAGCUGAAUGGCUUCUUGAGUGCCAUGAUGGUAGCACGGGUUUAAGUACCGAUAGCCUUAUGGAGGCUGGCUACCCAGGUGCCUCAGGUCUUGGAGAUGAAGUCUGCGGGAUGGCAGCUGUUAGGAUUACUUCAAGGGAUUUCCUGUUUUGGUUCAGGUCUCACACCGCAAAAGAAAUCAAGUGGGGUGGUGCAAAACAUGACCCAGAUGACAAGGACAAAGGAAGAAAGAUGCAUCCCAGGUCAUCCUUCAAGGCUUUUCUGGAGGUGGUUAAGCGACGGAGCGUCCCUUGGGAAGAUGUGGAAAUGGAUGCCAUCCAUUCCUUACAGCUGAUAUUGAGAGGGUCUUUGCAAGAUGAGAUUGUGGAUGAGUCCAAAAUGAUCGUGAAUGUUUCAUCAGUUGAUGACAAGAUACAGAGGGUGGAUGAAUUACGCAUCGUCACAAAUGAAAUGGUGCGCCUUAUAGAGACAGCUGCAGUCCCCAUUUUGGCUGUCGAUGCCUCUGGUUGUAUAACUGGGUGGAAUACCAAAGCUGCUGAACUAACAGGCCUGUCUGUUGAGCAAGCCAUCGGUAUGACCUUGAUUGACGUUGUCUGGGAAGAUUCAGUUAAAGUGGUGAAGAAUCUGCUCAUCUUGGCAUCUCAAGGUAUAGAAGAGAAAAAUAUUGAAAUCAAACUUAAAACAUUUGGUCCUCAGGAAAACAGUGGUCCUGUAAUCUUGGUAGUUAAUGCAUGUUGCAGCCGAGACACAAAAGAAAACGUUGUUGGGGUUUGCUUUGUUGGCCAAGAUGUCACUGGACAAAAAGUAAUUUGGGACAAAUAUACUCGUAUCCAAGGUGAUUAUGUUGGAAUUAUGCGGAGCCCUUCUGCACUUAUUCCUCCAAUUUUUAUGGCUGAUGAGCAUGGCCGAUGCUUGGAAUGGAAUGAUCCAAUGCAAAAAGUGUCUGGUUUGAAGAGGGAAGAGGCCACUUCCCGGAUGCUUCUUGGGGAGGUCUUCACGGUAAAUAGUUUUGGCUGUCAGCUUAAAGAUCAUGAUACAUUAAUCAAGCUUAGGAUACUACUUAAUGGGGUAAUUGCAGGCCAGGAGGUAGAUAAGUUGUUGUUUGGAUUCUUUGAUCAGCAGGGUAAUUAUAUUGAAGCAUUACUUUCAGCAAACAAAAGGACUGAUGCAGAGGGAAGGAUUACUGGGGUUUUGUGUUUUUUGCAUGUGUCAAGUCCAGAACUUCAGUAUGCUAUGCAGGUGCAGAGGAUAUCCGAACAGGCUGCAGCUGAUAACAUCAAGAAAUUGGCAUAUAUUCGUCGAGAAAUCAGUAAGCCGCUGAAUGGGAUUAUGUUUAUGCAGAAUCUAAUGGGAUCUUCUGAUUUAAGCAAAGAGCAGAAGCAGCUACUUAAGACAAGCUCAUUGUGUCAGGAACAAUUAGCUAAGGUUGUUGAUGACACUGAUAUUGAAAGUAUCGAGGAAUGUUACAUGGUAAUGAGCUCUGGUGAAUUUAGCCUUGGUGAAGCUCUUGAAGCUGUCAUAAACCAAGUUAUGAUCUUGUGCCGGGAGCGUCGGGUGCAGGUCAUCCAUGAUUUACCUGCUGAAGUAUCAUCGAUGCACUUAUAUGGAGACAACUUGAGGCUUCAGCAGGUUCUUUCACAGUUUAUGACUACUGCACUCCUCUUCACCCCUGCAUUUGAAGGAUCACUUAUUGCCUUCAGGGUGAAUCCAAAAAAGGAACGUAUAGGGAUGAAAAUACGCAUCGUCCGUCUUGAAUUUAGGAACAGGUCUGAAAAUGCCACAAAUGUGAGAGAAGCAAAUAUUAGAACGCAGAGGAAGCCACAUAGGAUGAUACCAAAAUUUGCAGGGAUCACCCAACCAGCACCUGGUGUACCAGAAAAUCUGAUUCAAGAGAUGUUUCACCACAAUCCCCGCGUCUCAAGGGAAGGUCUCAGUCUAUACAUCAGCCAGAAGCUUGUGAAGAUUAUGAAUGGCACUGUACAGUAUCUAAGAGAAGCAGACAAAUCAUCCUUUAUAAUUCUUAUAGAAUUUCCAUUGGCAUGUCACACUGACCAAUGAAUCUGUAUUCUAUGACACCCCCAACAUCCGUUGGCGACUUAUCAAGUGAAUGGCACAUGGGUGAUGCCAACAUGAGUUCCUGCAUGGCCCAGAGAUUGACCAGGGAUUAUUUAGAGGCUGGAUGAUGCUUGAAUUUAUGCUCUGCAACUUGGGAAACCAGAAUCUUUUACCAGAAAACGCAGAACGGAUGAGUUGAAUAGCUGGGUGAUCAAUUUUGAUGUUUCUGGAAGUGAAUUAACAUAAUAAGCUCACUGGAAACCUUCUCAAAACCUCAAGCUUGAUAUAUUCUUUCCGGACCCCCCUGUAACCUCUUUUGUAACAUCACUCGUCAAUUAGUUUGGCUUUGUUUUUAGGGAGAGCUUGGUUGCUAAAACCUCUCUGUGUCUUUGAAACUGACUCCAGCUCUGGCGUGUGCAGUUUAGGAUGUGGAAUAAGCCAAGUAGAGGUAGUAUCAUGUUUAGAUAGAGAUGUAUACAUUAACGUUGUGAAAUAACAUCGAUCAUACGGACUUGGACAGCCAAAGCAGGCCAUUGGCAUGGUAAUGCUUACCCAUUCUAUAUGCGGGAAAAAAUCUUUGUUAAGCACGUGACUUCUAUUAGUAUUAUAUUAUUAUCAACGUCAUCAUUCUAGUUCA